CAAACAGUACUGUCGCUGCUCCCGUGGAUGUUGACGAGGAUGAAUGUGUCGUUUUGAGAGCGACAAUGAUCUCGGUGAGUUACAUUCUGCUGUGCGGACAGUUCCUCCUGCUGCUGACCGUCAUUCUGUUACAAUGUCUGGGAGGAAUUCACUCCCACAACUCCUCCACCACCGAGACCCCUGCUUCCUCUCCGGCCCGGGGAGCCACCGGGUUCCCGUACAGCGAGCAGCCGCCCGACCUGCUGAAGUACGAGAUCCCGGUGGACACUGAGAAUGACAACGAGACGUACGAGUACAGACCCCCGUCUCCUGUGGUCCUCUGCAGCUAUCUACCUGAUGAGUUUGUCUACUGUCAGGACCCUGUGGAUCACGCAGGAAACUACAGUGCUCAGCAGGAGUUGGGCCACGGCUGUGUCGGGUGGGGCGGCCAGACUCAGAAAGAAGUGAACCUCACUCGUGUGAUAUGCACGGCACUCGAUGAUAUAGAGUGUGCCGGAUCCAGAGAGUUCCUCAGAGGAGGAGUGCCCUGCAUCAAAUACACUGGACACUACUUCAUCACCACGCUGCUGUACUCCUUCUUCCUGGGUUGUUUCGGGGUGGAUCGCUUCUGCCUGGGUCACACCGGCACCGCUGUGGGGAAGCUGCUCACCCUGGGAGGCCUGGGGAUCUGGUGGUUUGUGGACUUGAUCCUGCUCAUCACCGGCGGCCUGAUGCCCAGUGAUUACAGCAACUGGUGCACAUACUACUGACAACAAAAGAAAUGUUUGACCAAGGACUCAGACCAUCUCCCGGUUCGAUAACUUUAUUAUUGAGUCUGAGGACCUGCUGAGUAGUCUGGGGAAAAAUGAUUUCAUUCAAAUUGAAUUCACUUGAAAUUUACGACCUUGAAAAGAAAAGACCUCAGAAUGACUCUCUCCAGGCUGACGGUGAUUUCAGUCCAUUCUUUUUAGUACUAAAUCGUAAACUAAGGUCACCUUGAUGCCGUCUUGGUUCAUUUAGCCUGAGCCGCAGAAAAAAGUGAUUUAUCAUCGCCUUUUAGUUCUGAUCUGUUUGGUUUCUUCACAUUGAUUUAUUACAAACAAACCUGCAUAUCAACAGGAAGUCACAUGGUCUGACAGAUAGCUUAUUGAUUGGACAGUUUUGGCAUGUGUCAUCCUGCAUCAUCAGUGCUGCAGUGACCCACAUGGAAAAUUGAAUUGAAAAAAAAACAUGACGGCACAGCUUAUGUCUGUACUUCCUGUGUGGCUGCUGUGAUUCAUUCUGUGAUUCAUGAUGAGGACACAAGCAGAGUUCACCUUCUUACAUUAAUGUAUACGCUGCUCAUGAGAAUGCUUUCUGGACAGUUCAAGGUCUAUAAAACUGCUAAAUUAAAAUUGUGUUUAAUGUUUUGAUCAAUGCAAAAAUAUCUGCAUUUAUAAAAUCAUUAAACCACAAAAUAACUGCACACACUGUAAAGUCUGCAUCACAGAGCCCCUGCUUAGGUGUGACUCAUUAUAAGUAGUUUGAAAGAUUGUUUGGACUCAGCUGGACUCUGGGUGACUGGUGCGGUACAGAGGCAAGACGACCAACCAGAGGACUUUGUGAUAGUAGACGCAGUGUCAGAGGUUUUUGAAGUGGGAGGAGGACUACCCCACAGUUUCAGGGGAGGCUCUGGGAAUGGAAGUAAUCUGGUUAAAGAGAAAGCUGAAUGUUUUUUUUAUGUUUCUUUUCAAUAACCUGUCAAUCAUGUUUACUUCUCUUGGUUUAUUUUGUAUUUAACGAGAAUUGUUUUUCCUAGAUUGAGUGUUGACCUGACCUACAAUCUCUCAGAACGUUUUUACGGCAGAUAGUUAAGCACGUCCUGCUCUGACUUCCACAUCCUGAAGAGUUUUGGGUUUGAUGAAUUAUAAAAAAACACAAUUUUGUCUUGAUAAACGUCUCAUUCUGCAAAGUUCACAUAACUUAGCUGACAGCGUCUGAUAAUUUUCAGGAUUAUGCAUGUCAACCGAAAAUCCUCCUCUCCAGUUGAACUUGGAGCAGUGAUUUUAGAACCAUUCUACAGCCUGAGGGCAACAUCCUACACGACUCAUUAUCCGUGCUUUCCUCCUCCUUUCCCAAGUAGCCAGGCUUUGGCUCUUCACGGUCUUCUGCUGCUGGAGGCGAUCACAUUUUUGUACUUCUCUGUUGCUCUCUUGCCUUCAACUGUAUUUAGACUGAUUAACUUUUCAGCCUCGAGCAAGUGAGAACGCAGAACUAUAGAUGGAUGGUGAUCACAUAACUGAGGUGGUGAUUUAGUAGUUUUGAGACGUGGAAAGCAGAAUCUUCCUCUAUCGAAAAAACAGAAACCUUACCUCUGAGCUGUGUGGGCGCACUUCUCUCCUUAGCAUUCAGGAGUUGAGCUUGGCCCUGUCCAAAUGUCUGAAACUUAAACAAAUUCAGAUUUUCAUUAGCUUUAUCCAGCUAAGCUCAGGUCUUGCGUUAAAUAUUAAAAUCCUCACCUAUUAUCCUGCUUCGUUAUAUUUCUCGUUUUACCCCAAAUGGAAGGUUUAUGUGCUCUUUUCAUAUAUCGAGCAGGUUUCAUUACCCAAGGAUCCAUAAAAACCUUUUGAGGUGUCGUCAUAAAAGGUUGAAGAAGACAUGAUCGUCAACGUGUCGACCGCUGUCAUCCUGCAGCAGCAAUAUGCUUUUAGCAGGCAAUAUAUUUUCAGGCGACUAAACAUCUUUGGGAGAGGGGGAGCAGUAAAUCACAGCUUCCAUAUUGCAAUUUUCCAUUUAAUUCACAAAGUGUUAAUGCAAGCUAAAAAAAAUAUAGUUUAUAGUUAUAGAGUCUUUCCAUUUCCGAGGUCCUGUCUUCAAUCUGAAUGUAAUGUUUUCUUUGUUCAAUCCAAACCCAGAUCCGCAGAGUCUCACUGCAUUUCUAUAAAACAUGGUGUGUGGUGAAACCUUAAUGUUGUGGAAGCUCUGCUUUGUAAAAUACUGUAUAUAAUAUCGACCUGCCCAGCAGAAGCUUGGUUUUAUAUUCUUUAACUUUAAUCCACUGUACUAUUUAAUGCUGUACUCGCUCAUCCCUACUAUUUAUUAUUGCCUUAUGUUUUUUGUGUUGAGGCGUACAUGUUCCUGGGAGCAGAGUUUUUUUUUCCUUUGGUAAAUUUGUGUAAUUUUUUUCAACUUCUGCCAAAAUAAAAACAAGCUAAAAAGA